UUCUGUCGCGUUUCUUUUCGUAUUCUUCUCGCUUCCGUUUCCGCAGGGUUGUAUAGGAAUAAACAAGUCUAAAAAUGGCCAAGUCGAAGAAUCAUACAAAUCACAAUCAGAAUCGUAAAGCUCAUCGUAAUGGCAUCAAGAAGCCUAAGAGGUAUAGGCAUGAAUCUACGCUUGGUAUGGAUUUAAAAUUUCUGAGAAAUCAGCGUUUUGCCAAGAAGCAUAACCUUAAACCGAAGGCUCAGUUGAAAAGAGCAGACCAACGAAGGGCUCUUCGUGAAGCUAAGAAUGCGAAAUAAAGUCAAUGUAAACUAAUAAUUUUAUUAAAAUAAAUUAAAAAACACGUUUAAGACAAA